ACUGUUCUUGUUGAACUAUUAUAUAUAUUCUCGCCCUUGGUCUCAUUUCCACUUUUUGUGCUUCUCCGAAUUUCAAUCUCUGAAAAUAUUUACAGUUACCCUGCGAUCAUGGCUUCUUCACCCCCCAGCGGCUCUCCAAGCUCCAAGGAGAAGAAGUACGACCGUCAGCUAAGGCUAUGGGGUGCGAAUGGCCAGAACCGCCUUGAACGAGCACAUAUUGCCCUCUUCGGGGCUACAGCUACAGGCUGUGAGGUUCUGAAGAAUCUUAUUCUGCCAAGCAUUGGACGCUUUACCGUUAUCGACGAUAAGCUGGUUGAGCAAGCGGACUUGGGUGUCAACUUCUUUCUUGACCAGGACAGUCUCGGGAAGCCACGAGCAGAGAGAGCUGCUGCCUUGUUAGGGGAACUGAACCCAGACGUUGCAGGUGGGUUUAGAAUUGAUAACUUGGAGAGUAUACUCUCCAAUACCCCAGGACUCCUAGAUCCUCGUACAACUGAGUUCACACACCUGCUUCUGAUGUCACCAAUCCCAACCCCUCUACUGUUACAACUGCCUGCCGAGAUACCUAUAUUCUUCGUUCAUUCACUUGGUUUCAUAACUAGCCUCCGGAUUUACGCUCCUACCCAUACCAUUAUUGAAAUACAUCCCGAUUCCUUAGUUGAUCUUCGCUUAUUCAACCCUUGGCCGGAACUUUCAGAAUUCGCAUUGGAAAAGACAAGCACCCUUGAUGUGCCGGAAUCCGAGGGCGGAAUGGGUGAUCAUGAGCACGGACACAUUCCAUAUGUACUGUUGCUGUUAAAAUAUCUGGAAGAUUGGAAGCAGUCACAUCAGGGUCACCUACCGGGAAGCUAUUCGGAGAAAACACUUUUUAAAUCAAUGAUCAUGGAUAGGAUGAGAACGGGAGUUCCAGGUGGGAUUGAGGAGAAUUAUGUGGAAGCCGUGAACGCUGUCAUGGGAGAUCUACGAACCGCAGAACUCUCAAGUGGGACAAAGGAAGUCUUGAAUGACCCCGAAUGCCAGAGCAUCACAUCGCAGACGGAUGAAUUCUGGAUCAUCGCUCGAGCCGUGAAGGAUUUCGCGGGCUCCAACAAUGCGCUAUUGCCAUUAUCUGGGGCGAUGCCCGAUAUGAAAGCCGAGAGCCGCGGAUACGUGGCUCUGCAGAACUUAUAUCGCGCUAAGGCGUAUAGUGAUGCUGCCGCCGUCGAAAGGAUUGUUCGAGAUUACAUGAACCGAGUACAACACCCGAAACGAAACCAGAUAGAUCGUGAUGCAAUCCAGCUGUUCUGUCGACACUCAAACUUCCUACGGCGCUUGAACUACCGAUCAAUUGCUGACGAAUUUUCCAACUCUAAUGAGCAGCAUAAGGGAGUAGUCCUGGGUGCGCUAGGAGAUUGGGACGUAGAAAGUUCAUUAAUUCACCACUAUAUCGCACUUAGGGCGUAUCAAGAGUUCUAUACUGGCCAUGGCCGGGCUCCUGGGGAUACUAGUCACGAGAGUUGUGAGGAAGAUUAUCAGGAAAUUAGGAGAAUCAUAUGCGAGUACCUUAAAGGUAUUGGUUAUCCUGAAAGUCUGCCGGAGAGAUGUGAAAAGGUUGCAAAGGAGAUUGUACGGGCAGGGGGUGGGGAGCUCCAUGUUACUGCAUCACUUGCUGGUGGAAUUGUUGCCCAAGAGGUAAUCAAGAUUAUCACGCGACAAUAUGUUCCGAUCAAUAAUACCGUCAUAUUUGAUGGAAUUGGGAGCAGAACUCAGACGUUCGAGUUGUAAUUUGAGCCCCUACAUAGGUAACACGAAGCAUUGUUCAUUUUGUUUUGGCGUGUUGGUGGUACCCCGCUUCCUAUAGGAGGGUGUGCUUCGGACUUGCUCAUUGUGUAUAGCUCGCCUUCGGCACGCUUAAUAUUUGUUCUUGGACUCGACGAUAAGGGUUGAGAGGCAGUUAUGUACUUAUCAUCUGUUCCUUAGA